AUGACCUCAACUCGUACGGCUCCCGUGCCCUUGACGACGGUGUUUAACCCACCGUCGUCAUGUUCGCGUCUGGAGCAAGUGUCGUCCGAAUGUCAAAAAGACUGUUCUGGUCUUUAUAAUAUCGUCCAAACCACCGACCCGAAUUGUUUUCCCUCCGGUUGGGCCACGACGGCCACCUGGUUCUCACCGGGAAUCAACUGUCCCAAGGGCUAUACAAUCAAUGAUUCCAACACCGUCACCAGCGGUCUUCAAAUCACAGAAACUCAAGCCCGAUGCUGUCCCUCAGGAUACACCAUCGCCACAGACCUCCCUCAUACCUGGUGGACCGCAGAACCAUGUACCAAAGUCAUCGAUACCACCACCACUCUCGAAUUCACCGUCUACAGCGCAACCGGCGCAUCCCCCACCAUCACCACCCAAAUGACCAUCACCGGUCCCAUCAUUCACGCCUACCCCGUCGAACUAAGAUGGCAAUCCACCGAUAGUCAGUUCCUCGUCCCAGGACAGACCACCGCACCGACCGGUGCCUCCCUCACCAACGCAUCUCCUUCUCCUGCUUCCACACCAGCAGACUCGCCGCCAACAUCCACAUCCAGCUCGACCUCCCCAUCCUCAUCCUCAUCAUCCAGCUCCUCCGGUCUCUCCACCGGCACCAAAGCCGGAAUCGGCAUCGGCGUCGCAGCGGGAGCUAUCGCCAUCAUCGCACUCGUUUUCUUCCUCUGGCGCCGACGAGGGAAGAAGAAUCGCAUGCAGUAUCCAGGUGACGAUGAUGAUCCCUCCGAUGAGAUCCCCGUUCGUCAAGUGCCGGGCCAUAUGCCCGUGGAGCUGCCGACUCCAGUGGGGACCCGGUCGCAGGAGGUACAUGGGCAAUCGCGGCCAUGGGCAUCGGAACUGGAUGCUGGACCAAAUAGGUAUGGUGCGUCGGUGAACGAUACCAAGCUCAUGUAG